GUACUUAUAUAUCCACCACUCUUUCAUUCUGACCUCCCAUGUUCUCUUCUUCUUCUUGGGCCUCACAGUUGAUACAAGUUGUAUCAAAAUUUGUAUAGUCUUCCAUGAAGUUUAGCACUGAUCUCUUCUCCCAAUCAUGCCUAUCUCCACUCCCCACCUCCCUACUUCCUCCUCCUUCCCCUCAAGGUUGUUUUUCAUGCGGCCGGCUCAGCCAAACAACUCCACUAACGACGACGAUGAUAACACAGGCAACGGGGCUGAGUGCUACGCUUGCACUCAAGUAGGCAUCCCUGCUUUCCACUCCACAUCAUGUGACCGGGCUAACCAACCUCAAUGGGAAGCCUCUGCGGGGUCUUCACUCGUCCCAAUAAGCUCCCGCCUAGACCUUAAGCCUACUGCAGCUGAACGUCGUCGUCGUCAAGACUCAGGUCCUUUUGGGCGCGUGCUUGAUCCAAGAAGCAAGCGUGUGCAGAAGUGGAACAGAGUGUUCUUGCUGGCCCGGGGCAUGGCCUUGGCUAUUGAUCCUCUGUUCUUUUAUGCACUAUCAAUUGGUCGAUCUGGCUCGCCCUGUUUGUAUAUGAAUGGGGGCUUGGCGGCCAUUGUGACCGUGCUGCGCACAUGUGUGGACGCUGUGCAUCUUUUUCAUCUCUGGUUGCAGUUUCGGUUGGCUUAUGUUUCGAGGGAGUCUCUGGUGGUUGGUUGCGGGAAGCUGGUGUGGGACUCACGCGCUAUUGCGGAUCAUUAUGUUCAUUCUCUGAAGGGCUUCUGGUUUGAUAUAUUUGUCAUACUUCCGGUUCCUCAGGCUAUAUUUUGGUUGGUGGUUCCAAAAUUGAUUAGAGAAGAGAAGAUUAAAUUGAUCAUGACAAUUCUUCUACUUAUGUUCUUAUUCCAAUUCCUUCCCAAGGUCUACCAUUGCCUUUGCUUAAUGAGAAGAAUGCAGAAGGUUACAGGUUAUCUCUUUGGCACCAUCUGGUGGGGUUUUGCACUUAAUCUCAUCGCGUACUUCAUUGCUUCUCAUGUUGCUGGAGGAUGUUGGUACGUUCUCGCUAUACAAAGAGUAGCUUCGUGUCUCACACAACAGUGUGCAAGCAGAGCUUCAUGUAACCUCUCUUUAUCGUGCUCACAAGAGGUCUGUUACCAGUUUUUCCAGUCUACAGACACUUCAGGAUAUCCAUGCAGUGGGAACUCGACGAUGAUGGUGAAUAUCCCGCUGUGUCUGGAUGCUAAUGGACCAUUUCGCCAUGGUAUCUACCAAUGGGCUCUCCCUGUCAUUUCCAGCAACUCAAUUACUGUCAAGAUUCUUUAUCCAAUUUUUUGGGGUCUAAUGACCCUCAGUACUUUUGGAAAUGACUUGGAACCCACAAGUAACUGGCUAGAAGUUGUCUUCAGUAUAGUAAUUGUGCUCAGUGGUUUAAUGCUCUUUACUCUGUUGAUUGGAAACAUUCAGGUAUUCUUGCAUGCCGUAAUGGCAAAGAAGAGAAAAAUGCAGCUUCGGAUCCGAGACAUGGAAUGGUGGAUGAAGAGAAGACAGUUACCUUCUCAACUAAGACAAAGAGUUCGGCAUUAUGAACGCCAAAAAUGGGCGGCCAUGGGUGGAGAUGAUGAGAUGGAGCUGGUUAAAGACUUACCGGAAGGGCUUCGACGUGACAUCAAACGAUAUCUUUGCCUAGACCUUAUAAAAAAGGUGCCCCUAUUUGAAACAUUAGAUGGACUCAUUCUUGACAACAUAUGUGAUCGUGUUGUGCCUCUCGUCUUCUCCAAAGAUGAAAAGAUUAUUCGAGAAGGAGAUCCUGUACCAAGAAUUAUGUUCAUUGUCCGUGGUCGCGUCAAGAGUAGCCAAAACCUGAGCAAAGGUGUGGUAGCCACGAGCAUACUUGAACCAGGAGGCUUUUUGGGUGAUGAACUCCUGUCAUGGUGCCUUCGACGUCCGUUUGUGGACAGGCUACCUUCCUCCUCAGCCACAUUUACAUGCAUCGAGUCAACAGAGGCAUUUGCACUAAGUGCAAAUAAUCUUCGAUACAUUACUGAUCACUUCCGCUACAAGUUUGCAAAUGAGAGGCUGAAGAGAACAGCGAGAUACUAUUCAUCAAACUGGAGAACCUGGGCAGCUGUUAAUAUACAGUUGGGUUGGAGGCGUUACAUGACAAGGACGAGGCCCCCGAUGAAUCAUGUAACUGUAAAUGGCGGUGGUAGUGACAGUGGCAGGGACAGUGAGCAGAGACUCCGGCAGUAUGCAGCAAUGUUCCUGUCUCUCAGGCCACAUGACCAUCUGGAAUAAAGAAAGAAAUCAGUAUUCAGUUUCAUUCAUUUUUAAUAUAUCAUGUCACCAUAGUUAUUUGUGUUGAUUUAAAGGGUGACAUGGUGGUGUAUAAUGUGUGUGAUGACAUUCAGUUUAUUGAUCAAAUAAAGAUGGAAGUAUUGUUGUUUCUCCA